AUGUCGAGAAACGUAGUUGUGAUUAUCGGGACUGGGGGUAUGGGCCUCGCGAUUGCCCGUCGACUCGGAAGUGGUUCACAUCUCGUCCUUGCCGACUUUUCGCAGGGCCAGCUUGACAGUGCGACCGAGACUCUGCGUAGAGAGGGCCAUAGCGUCCACGCAAUCCAAACCGACGUCGGCAGGUUUGACUCGGUGCAAAACCUCGCACAACAAGCCUCACACCUGGGAAAUAUCCAUGCGAUCGCACAUACAGCGGGGCUGUCGCCCGCCCAGGCUUCUACAGACAGAAUCUACCAGGUGGAUCUCCUGGGUACCGCACAUGUCAUCGAUGCGUUCCUCUCCGUUGUCUCGGCCGACACAGCCCUUGUCGUGAUAGCGAGUCUUGCCGGCCACCAAACGAAAGGCACUCUUUCUGAAGAUCUGGAGAAGCACCUAGCUACUGCCCCAGCUGACAAACUCCUCGGACACCCCGAGCUGGCCCCGCCGUCAGAUCUCCAGGAGAAUGCCCCAGGCCUCCGGGCCUAUGGCAUCUCGAAGCGCGCCAACAUAGUCCGUGUGCAAGCGUCUGCCGCAGCCUGGGGAAAGAAGGGGGCAAGGAUUAAUUCGGUUAGCCCUGGGCUGAUAUCGACGGCUAUGGGGCACCAGGAGAUGCAGGGACCACUGAAGGCGCAAUUGAAGGAUCUGAUCGACAAUAGUGCGGUCACAAGAGUAGGAACUCCCGGUGAUAUCGCGAACGUUGUUGCAUUUUUGUGUAGUUCCGAGGCAAGCUUCAUUACGGGUGAAGACAUUUUGAUGGAUGGAGGGUGGGCAAGCUCAAAACGAUGGGUUAAUUAG